GUACCGCAAAGAGCGCGGGGAGAGAGCGCGCGAGGGGCGCGAGGCUGAGGCGAGCCACCGCGCGCCGCGGCGAGAGCCGGCGCUGGCCAUGGCUGUCUCCGCGCCGCCCGUCAUCGCCGCAACUUCCAGCGGCGGCGCAGGGGGCUCGGCGGGCUUGUUCCGGGCGGACCCGCUGUACUCCAGCCCCGCGGAGUCCCCGCGCCUCACCAACAGCCUCGUCAACAGUUUCCUCUCCGCCGGCAGCGGCGGGGCCGGCGCGGGUGGCGGCGGGGGCGGCGGCAACGAGUGUAAGAUGGUCGACCUGCACGGGGUGAAGGUGGCCUCGUUCCUCGUGGAGGGACAGGAGCUGAUCUGCCUGCCGCAGGUCUUUGAUCUCUUCCUCAAGCACCUGGUGGGGGGGCUGCACACGGUCUACACCAAGCUGAAGCGGCUGGAUAUAUCGCCGGUGGUGUGCACGGUGGAGCAGGUCCGCAUCCUGCGGGGGCUGGGGGCCAUCCAGCCCGGCGUCAACCGCUGCAAGCUCAUCACCAGGAAGGACUUCGAAACUUUGUACAACGACUGCACCAACGCGAGCUCUCGACCAGGAAGACCCCCCAAGCGUUCACUAGGAGUUGCUAUACAAGAAAAUGCACGUCUUCUGCCCCAUGGAGUUCCAGGCCUCUUAUCACCAGGACUUAUCUCUCCGACAGAUUUAAGAACUUUGUUUUUUCCUGAUGAAACCCAGAUAAAGGUUGAAAAGCUCAAGACUCUUCAAAUCCAAGGUCUGACAGCAGCUGCCAUGGCAGAGGCUAUGAAGUUACAGAAAAUGAAACUUAUGGCAAUGAAUAGCCUUCAUGGAAGUGGAAGUCAAAAUGGAACAGAAUCAGAAAAUGAAGACCUCAAUUCUAAUGCAGGUGGGAGUGAAUCCUCCUGGGAUAAAGACAAGCUUCAGUCUCCCAUUACAACGGGAUCACAGCACAGCAUUGGUCAUCCCACACUGUCAGGGCAGUCAAGCCUUGGAAGUGCUCACCCGCUCAGUCCUCUCCAGCAGAACCAUCUGCUCACCAACAGGAUAGACCUGCCGUUUAUGAUGAUGCCCCACCCUCUGCUUCCCGUCAGCCUACCUCCUGCUUCUGUCGCAAUGGCAAUGAAUCAGAUGAACCACCUCAACACGAUAGCAAACAUGGCUGCAGCAGCCCAAAUGCACAGUCCUCUUUCCAGGGCAGGGGCCUCUGUUAUCAAGGAAAGGAUCCAAGACAGCCCUUCUCCAGCUCCGUCUCUAGAAGACAGUCAGCGGCCCGGGAGCCACGCGUCCUCCCAUCAGAGCAGCAGCGUGUCCAGCUCUCCAUCCCAGUUGGACAACACACCAGACAGAAUUGCUAUGCUGACCAACAGCAGGGAAGGAGAACUCAUUGAUCAAGAAACUGGGACCAGCCUAAAAAAGAUACAAAAGGAUAAAGAAGAGGUCCAAAUUGCCAUUCCAAUAAUGAAACCAACCUUAGAAAAAGUCCAACUGGCUGGACAGGCCUUGCCUCCAGGAUUUCCGGCGCCAUUUCUUUUUGCUGAUGGUCUUUCAUCAGUAGAAACACUAUUAACCAACAUUCAGGGCCUGCUGAAAGUGGCUGUGGACAAUGCAAGAGUCCAGGAAAAGCAGAUACAGCAGGAAAAGAAAGAGUUAAAGAUGGAGCUCUGUAGAGAGAGAGAACUAAGAGAGAGCUUGGAAAGGCAACUCACAGCUGAGCUGCAAAGCAGAGCAACAAUUCAGAAACGCUUGAAGAAAGAAAAGAAGGCAAAGAGAAAAUUGCAGGAAGCUUUGGAAUUUGAAUCAAAGAGAAGAGAACAAGUGGAACAGGCGCUUAAACAGGCCACAUCAGGUGACGGUCUCAGGAUGUUAAAUGAUGCUGGAAUCCCAGAUAUGGAAAUAGAACACAACGGAACCCAACAUGACAGUGCAGCAAUGCAAGAAAACAGAACAUACAUCAAACCUACUAUUAUGUACUGAAAGAAACACCUAUUGCUGAAAAAUGUAUAAUGAUCACUAUUUGAAGACUAUAUAGUUCAUGAAAAACGUCCCUUCCAACCUUUGAUGCCUUCAGUACUGUGUGAAGAACAGGAUUUGUAGCAUGAAACUUGAAGGACAAUUUCAAGCAAUUUACUGUUGCUGCAUCGAAAACUGCCGUAUUGUCAUUAAGAAAUAUUGAGACUUUUUACAAGCUUACCAUACCAAACCAAGCCUGUUGCAACAGAUCAUUUUUAGGUCCCCAGAGAUAGAAAGGAGUUUUAGUAUUUUUAAGCACAUACAGGAAUUAUUUCCCCUUCUCCCCCCCCAAAAAAGAACUUUUUUUUUUCCUAAGGAGGUAGCUAUUACUGUAUAGCAAUGGCACAAUGAUUUUAAGCCACAAAGGUCCUCGCUGGCUGUACAUCAUACAAGUCCAGUUUAUCACUGAAACUGUUCAACAUGGAGCUGUUUCGAUUGUGUUUAUAAAUUAAGCUUUGUUUACUGAAGCAGAUACUCGAUAUAUAUUACGUUUUAAAAAGAAAUGUGUGUACAUUUUUUAAAAGAAUGAUGUAAAAAUUGUCCUUUCAUUAGAUGACCAAUUCAAAAGUGUGAGCUAAACCCUAAUAGCUGACGUAAUAUGAGGAUUAUAAUUGAUGCUUUUUUUUUAUGCUCAGUUCAGCUUGGCUUUUGGUCUUUUAAGAUGAAAAAAUGAAUAUGCAGUAGAGUGUUAGAUAAUGGAAACUUUUAAGUAUGGUUUCUCUGUUGUACCAUAUUAAGUUAAAAGUACACAUUCUUUGUUAAAAAUGUUCUUGCUAAAAAUACAGUAUUAAAAAUUUUUUUGUUUGACUUUGGAAA